CUUUACACUGACCUAAAUACUUUAUCUUAAAGGCAAAAUGGCGAGCAAACUAGGCCUUUUGUUGUUUCUUGCGAUGUGUGUCAACGUGACAUUUUCGGCAGACGACACAGUGAAAGAUCCACGUGCGUUCUGCCAGAAAUCGCCGUCGAGCUCUCCGUUUCGUUAUGCCUGUAACACAUGCUGGUGCUCCGAAGAUGGCAGCUAUUUCUGUACUGAAAUGGGAUGCCUGAAAGUGGAGUGCGGGGAUCGUCGAGCCGGGGACCACUGGAAAGAAGGCGACCUGAACUGCACGUGUGCCUACGACCAUGAUAAAGAAGGGUGGAUGGUGUACAAACCAAAGUGCCAGUAAAAC